UGAAGCGCGCGGUGAUAUUGAAGUAUGCCAAAGGGAACACUUUGUAAAAGUAAAAAAGCCCUUGAUGUUCACUUUUUUCCACUUAUCGAGAAAAGUUAAUAGAAGAUCCAUCGCGCAUUAAGAAAGAGUACAUUCAAAGUUCCAAUUUAAGUUACUUGGAAUCCGUCCAUGAAGCCAUUACACAGACGCGACAACUCGACCACAUCAUGGAAUUGAAAAGCGUGCCACCCAAAGAACCCGGAACGUGGAUCUCGCGCGCCGCAUUGAUGCGCCGACGCCAAACCGUCAAAGUUGACCUAAUUAGUGAACAUGGCUUGGUGUGGAUCAAGGUGAUUGCUCGUAAUGCUAAAGGUUUACGGUUUGACAUGGCUGGUUUGGAGUUGUUAGACGAUGAUGACGGUGAUUCAGAUUUCAGCAGCAGCAGCAGUGAUCAUGAAGAUGAUUUGCAAAAAACCGAUCCUUUUGAUGAUUUGCCAAUAUUCAGAAAAGCGAACCAGUAUCUCCGCAGUGCUAGUGCGCACCAGGUCCAUUUUCAAACGCCCACUGUCGUGUUUGCAUUUAUGCGAGUACAAACAGGAGGAACGGACGAAUACGUGGACCGAAUAUUACAACGAUUACGCGAUUUGGGUAUCCAGGUCCAUCUUGGCUCGACAGGAUUGGAUGCUUACAACUGUAAUAGUACUCAUGCAAACACGACAUGUCCCCACGGAAUAACAACGCCAUCAUUAAACUUGGAUGUCAGUACGGCGUUGGCGCUUAUCUCUGAAAUGACGCAUCGGCCAUGCUUGCCGGACCAAGUUUUAGGCGAGGCGCUUCAGAUCCAAGCACGGCGUGAGCAAGUCGAGCCAGCACUGCCCAUACUCUUGUCUAUUGUCCGUGAUAAACAGCUCUUUAUGGUCCAGAGUGCCUAUGACCGACUUGUUCAAAUCGUGGAUGUUGUUGGUGGUGCGAACGAAAGAGCCCGGUUCCGCCAGUUGUUUGGCAAAGAAGCUCACGAUCCAUCACUUUGGACAAGUCAACAAGAGAUGCAUAUUGAGGUCUUGCCAGAUAAACCGUCGGAACGGUUCCGCGGCCUACUGGAGCCACCAGUGCAAAAAAGUGCGUUAAAUAACGGACGCAAGAUCCGUAGCAGGUUUUCCGAAUUUCAUGCCGUCAUCUUUGGAAGCGGGGAUAGCUAUCGCAUGACAACUGUAACGGCUAUCCAGUGGAUGCAGCAGGCCUUAUUGGACGCAUCCAUGACAGGCACAGCUAUCGUUUCGCAUGAACCGAGAUCGUUGUCCGAACAAAAAAUGUAUACACAGGAGAAAUGAUCUCUGUCUCUCUCUCUUUGUCAUUACCCUUUCAAACAUGUCGAUUCCACCUCCCCCCAAAAGAUAAAAGUUGGCGAUACUUCAUAUAUACACGUUAAUGAUGCGUGUUUUAUAAUAAUAAGCUAUGUAUGGUGUGAGUCAUGCAGCAAGUCCGAUAGGAUUACACACGAUACACACACAAUGUCACACCUUGUGCUACGCCAUGACAUCAAUCAGACUUGUUUAUCACUCAUUUCUUUCUUUUCU